CACCCCCACCGACGGGAUUGCGCAUGCGCAGCCGCCUCAGGCCAAGCAUCCCCCAAUUGUGGUACUUACUAAGCGCCUACUAUGUGCCAGGUGGCUGUAAUGCCACGGGGCCUGGGGCGAUGGACACUGUAGAAGAAGAAAACUUGGCGCUGUCCUUCUCGUCCCCCUCUGAUGCAGAAUUUGAUGCUGUGGUUGGAUACAUAGAGGAUAUAAUCAUGGAUGAUGAGUUCCAGAUGUUACAAAGAAAUUUUAUGGAUAAGUACUACCAGGAAUUCGAAGAUACCGAAGAGAACAAACUCAUCUACACUCCAAUUUUUAAUGAAUAUAUCUCUCUGGUAGAAAAGUACAUUGAAGAGCAGCUGCUGGAGAGGAUUCCCGGGUUUAACAUGCCCGCUUUUACAGCAACGUUACUGCAGCACAGAGACGAGGUGGCAGGCGAUAUAUUUGACAUGCUCCUCACGUUCACCGACUUCCUGGCCUUCAAAGAAAUGUUCCUGGACUAUCGAGCCGAAAAAGAAGGUCGAGGCCUGGACUUAAGCAGUGGCUUGGUUGUCACUUCAUGCAAAUCCUCCUCCGUCCCCCAGAAUAAUUUUCGACACUAGUUCAGGCCUCGCCAGGAGAGGUCUCGGCUCUUGGACUUCCCGGUGUGAAGCCCGGGCCGUGACCUCAGCGGGUUACAUGGUGAAAGCGGCACGAGCGGGAGCAGUUGUUUGGCCAACUGGACCCCAUUCUCUGUGAAAAUUUCUGUCAAGUGUUGAAUGAUCCCAGAGAGAGUAACAUGAAGCUCGGGGACUGUAUGCUGCGUAGCAUAGCCCCACAUUAACCCCCUGACCUCCCUAGUACACCAGUCCAACAUACUCAACGCGGCUCGGGAGAGUUGGAGGGGGAACGUCUCUGGUUCGGGGCUGGCUCCCUUUAGGUCCAAAGAACCAGAACAAGGGGAUGAGCCCUCUGCCUCUGGAGCAGGUUGGGUUCAGAUGCUUACGCUGAUUCGGACCUAAAGGAGGAUCUGUUUUUGCAAAAUGAUCUCAGCACCAAAACCUGCCAGGAUUAAUGGCCACUUAUCAAGGUUGCCUGAAAGAGCCGUAUGUCAAGAAACAGCCUGCUUCCGUCUUUGGACUUCCUAAAUCCAAGUGUUCAGUGUUUCCCAUUGGCCGUCCCAAGAAAAGCCAACUGGAUCUUUUCUUCAGUAUCUUCGGCUGAAUGAAGUGCUCUAAACCUAGGUGUGAAUGAGGCAUGCGCAUGUGUUUAUAGUAUCCAGUCAUCCCAGCUGGUACUUUACUGGUCCCAUUAUUCCAAUCAAAAUUUUAAAAUGCAGGAGAAUAUUCAGCCAGAAGUAUACAGUAAGCGGAUACUCCAUUUGCCGAUAGGACUUCCCAAAGUAAAUCAAAAAAUUCUGUGACUUUUGCUCUAAAAUUAGAAGUCACCAUGGAGGUUCUUUUAAGAAUUGUAAAUACUAGCCAGUGAGUUCUGGCAGGGGAAGAGCCACAACUUUGUUUCCAAAUAGGUCACCUGUUGAGGCUAAUUUGUGUUGGAAAUGUGAUCUUGAAAUAUGACCCUUUUCUCACAGAAUGCUAGCCUGGCUUGUCUGUUUGCUAAAGUCCUGUAGGGUCCAAUUGCAUUGUUUCUUGUAAAAAUGAAACUUACUUCCCAGCUGUUCCACAGCCUCAGUUCUGUCACCACUGGCCCAGCUCUAACCGUCUCCAGAUCAGGAGGCAGGUAUUUAUGUCACUAAUAAAAUGUUUGGACCAUCAUUCAGUUCUCUCGAGAGUAUGGAAAAAAAACUAUGACAAACCUUGUCCCUUUUGAAAGAAGAAAAAGCAUAUGGUUAACUUCUAUUAUUUGACUUCCUAGUCAAAGCAAAGUCUACAUUAAAUUUAGACUAUGGGGUGCCAGAUAUCAUUUUCUUUAUGUAUAUAUAUGUCAUGAACUGAGAAACAUUUUUGUACUGAGUGUAAUUUGUCUUGUGUAAGAAAUAUCACCCAAACAUUAAAGAUCACUUCCUUCAUUUUGUGCCCAA